AUGUCCAUUGGGGGUUCUGUGAAAGCUGCGGAAGCCCCUGCGAAUGAGGACGACAGUUCUGUGGUUGAAGCACCGAAGGAGAAAGAACAGAACUCCGUAAAAGUAAUCGUACGCGUCCGUCCUCUAUCCACCAUCGAGCGCGCCGAUCCCUCCGUGAAGAACGUUGUGCAGUGUCUCAAAGACUCUAUACUCGUUCAGGGCGUGGUUCCACAGACGCCGUUUCGCUAUUUUGGUGCCCCCCAUGCCCAGCCACGGCCGCAGCACUUCACUGUCGAUAAGGUGUUCCACCCGCACAGCACGCAGCUCGAGGUGUACGCGGCGUGCCAAAAUAUUGUGUCCGGCACAUUUGAGGGCAUCAACGGCUCCAUCUUAGCGUACGGCGCUACGGGCUCCGGCAAGACUCACACAAUGUUCGGUGGUAGCAUGAGCGUAGCGGGUGUCAUCUACCAGGCUGUGCAGGACAUUCUAGAGGAGAAGGAACGGCUGGAGGAGGAGGGUAUGAAGACUGUCACGUUGCGCUGCAGCUUCCUCGAGGUGUACAACGAGGUGGUGUUCGACUUGCUUGCACCGGCCAGUACACGGAGCGGGAGGCGCACGUCGCUGAAGGUGCAGAACUUUGGCCAGGACGAUGUCGUUGACCCCGCUGGCUGUGGCGUCAACCCAGAGAGCCUCACGGUGAAGGGCCUCACAUAUGUCACACCCGAUACCGCGGAGGACUUCACCAAGUAUGUGGAGCGCGGCCACGCGAACCGUGUUGUCGCGGCGACGACUGCCAACGCUCACUCUAGUCGCUCACACGCGAUCCUCACGCUGGAGGUGGAAGUGAAAGACACCGUUGACGCUUCACAGGGCACCAUUGGACGCAUCCGCUUCUGCGAUUUGGCCGGGUCAGAGCGAGCAGCUGGGACGAGCAACAGCGGCAUUCGCUUGCGCGAGGGCGGGAAUAUCAACCGCUCCCUCCUCGCACUUGGUGCGGUGGUGCAAGCAUUGGCACAGCGCAAGAAGUAUCCGAAGAAAGUAAACUAUAUUCCGUACCGUGGUUCCAAGCUGACGCGGCUUCUGCAGGAUGGCCUCGGUGGAAACUGUCGUACACUGAUUCUAUUUUGUGUCAGCCCCAGCAACUUGCAGUACGAAGAAACAAUUAAUACCAUGCUCUUCGCCAUGCAGGCGAAGGAGAUUCAAGUAGCAGCUAAGCGACACGAAUAUCGUGUUGACUCAAAGGAAGUGGCAAAGAGCCAGGAGACGCUUAUCGAGGAGCUUCGCACCGAGCUAGCUUUGGCACGGGAUGAGUUAUUACGCCUAAAAAUGGGUGGCCUAGGAGCCAGUGUCGGACGCCCAUUAUUCUCUCGGCAGGCUUCACAGGUGCCUGCUGAGGUUCCGUCUGCAGCUCAACUUUCGUCAUCUGGAAAAGGUGAGCUGAUACCUGUCCUGACGGCCUUUUCAUGUAGUGUGGAGAGGGAAGGGUUGCAGGUGUCUCCAGAUGUGUCACCCACUCUGCUGCAUCAGUCGCAUCGUGCUUCGACACGGAUGCCAGUGAUGUCAGAGGGAUCUGAGGCAUACACAGAGCUGCAAAAUAAACUGAAGAAGUUCUCCGUGGCAAAAGAAGCACUCUACCGGGAAAUGCGGGAUGCCCAGGAGGCCAACAGCGAAUUGGACAUCCGACUCCGGCAACACAAGUGGAAACUUGCUCGGUUUCUUUCAUCCCGGAAGAGAAGCAAUAGUCGAGGUGCCGAUGCGGAGAAGGUGACACCAGUCGGAGUCGCUGGUCUUCGGCACACCAUCAAACAAAUGGAAAUUGAGUCCGCUGCCCAUGGAGAUGAGAUGGAGCGAAUUCUGACGAAAAUGAAUGAGACGGACCGUAUCAUCGCUAAUAUUCGACAAGAGUUGCUUCGGGAGAAGCAGCAUCCGUUACUUGAACUUCUUUUGGACAAUGUGAAACUGCGGCAAAGUUGUACAGAGGCCGAUUGUCUUGCUGCACAUUAUCACCAGGAGUGCCGUUCCAUCAUGAACCGAGAAGAAGAAUACGCACAGGCAUUGAGUGUAUGCGUUUCGGCAAUACGACGUAUGAUUCCAUAUGUAUCAACUGCCCCAAGCUGCAGGGAGGAGGCCCAACUUGCGCUUGUGUUCGCAAACCUUCCCGCCUUGUCGACGCCAGACAUCAUUCCUGUUUUUGAGCGCGCAAUGAAGACUGGUAGCGCCCCGGUGUCGUCUUUUAUUGACUCCCAGCCGCUGCUAUCGUCAGUAGAGAGCAUGGAGGCACGCUUCCAGCGAAUACUGGGGGACCGCAAGACCAGAAAGAACGGAGUAGCACGGCAACAUCCAGUACCACAGCCAUUGCCACCACCGACACUAGCACCACCACCGAUGCCACGAAAGCAACUCCCACAGAGGCGGAAAGAUCCGCAUGCUAAGGUUGCACCGGUCAUCAGCAGCAAAUUUGAAAAGGCCAUUGCUACAAAGACUAGAAACACGACUCGUAGCGUUCCGGAGCCAUUCGCCCGCUCGUACACAACAACAACGUUGCGUAAACCGGUGCCUAACGGAGCUGUGUCAGGGAAGAAGGUAUUGGAUUCCCACCCAAUGCCCAACUCCAAUUCCAAUGGGAAGAAGAGCGUGUCAUUUGUUCCCCCGACGAAAAAGACGAAUGGAAUUGUGGCGUCAAAGCCAUUCUCCAACGGUGUAACCAGAGGGGUCAAAGGUGCUGUUACAGCGGCGCCCUCUUUCGGGCGUUCUCACACAACAAGUGAGAUAGUGCACAGUCCCAAGUGUAGGAAUGGUAGUUCAACACCUUCGCGGCGCGGUGAUAGCAACGAGCGUUUGAGGAUGCUGUGUCGGGCGUCUUUACCGAAGAGCGGUCGCCCCAUGCAAAAUGGCAAUAGCGAUGGCGUGCGUCCUCGGCAUAACCGGAUAGCAUUCCUAUCUGAUAAUGACAUCAACACUGCCGGUGUGCCACAGAAGCCGUUGUACAACGCUGAUCUGGUUGAGCGGUACGACAAACUGCUGAACGAAAUUCGGCAAUGGCACCAUGAAGGGGCGGCUGCUGUCGCCGCGCGGGGCAAACCCCAACCGCGUGCGGCUGCCGCGCCACAUGUCAAAGACAUGGACGGAUAG